AACCAGGUGCAGGGGCCAUGGCCUGUUCCCCGCGCUAACAAAUUAAGUAAGACGUCUCGUCCACCACUCAACGACAACCUUAGCAAGACAGAAGAUUCCUUAAAACGACACCGUUUCGUACUCCAAGAGCACCAUCCAACAAAUGCUAGACACUAGACACUAGACAGACAAAGGAGGGUGGGUUUGGAUGUGCAAUUGCACGGGAAGUCGGGAAGUAAUAGUUAUAGAUAGACAUGUACAGUGCUAAGAGUCUUUUGAUACAAACUAAAAUAGUUUUUAAGAAUUUCUCUUAAAAAAUAAAUAAUUAUUUCUAACUAAAAACGCUUCUAAAUAUGUGUUCAAAGAUAUUGGAUAACAAACACAAACCAACCCAACUUGCCUUCACCUAAAACCUUUCCUCAACCACCAAUUAUUCUACAGUUUACUACUCAUUCUCAUAAUAUUUCUAUGUCCUAAUCAGACACAUUCCCUGUGUUUCUGUGUUUGUGUGAUAACUGCAUUCCAUUCUAGAUCUACAUCAUCAUGCACUUCUUUAAUCUCUAUAGGACGACUUAAAUUUCGGUAUCAUAUCCAGACUUUUGUGAUAUCUUCACUAAAUUUGACUAGAAGAUCACGUAUAAUAGCUUUCAAUCUUUAUAAUGGCGAGAAGAUCUCCUCCUCGUGUUAACCAAACGUACGACACAAAAUGUACGUGGCGAAUGUUUAAAAUCUUUAAUUUUCGUGAAGGUCAUUCUGAGAGGAGAUUGGUUUCCAGUAGGAGGCAUUUGAAUAUUCAGGCUAAUGCUCCAGGGAAUGGAAACUCCAGAAGUAGCUCAGAUGUGCUUAGCAAAUUUGAUGAGAAGAACCUUCAAAUUGGUGUAAGUUCCAGAAAUAGAAGAGAUUGUAGUUGUAAAAGUACCAGCAGCGUGGAGAAUGAUGAGGCAGCAGAUUGGAGAAACGAAGUACUAAAGAUGAUUGUUGAUCAGAGAUUCGUCAAUAAACAUUAUGAAGGCAAAGAUGGGGCAAUUUGUCAGCCUAAUCAAUUCUUGGAUGCUUUACAGAUUUUAUAUUCAAACAAGGAACUCUUCAUAAAACUUCUGCAAGAUCCAAACUCUCUAUUAGUAAAACAGAUUCACGACUUCCAGAGUUCUCAAGUGAAAGAACCCUGUCAGCAUGCAACGCAAAAAAGGAUGAGUAGAUUAAAUAAACCUCACAAUAGUAAUGCUACACAAUGUGUAGAACCUACCAAGUCCUUUGAUAGAUAUGAUUUGAGUUCAAGUUGUAAGCCUCAGUCCUCAGACAGAAUAGUAGUUUUGAAGCCUAACACUGUUAAUAGUAAUGCACAAGAUAAUAGGCCUCUACGUUUUCCCUUUAGUGGUAUAAAGAGAAAAUUAAAGCAUGUCAUGAGAGUAAGGAGACACGAACAGCAGUGGAAGACAGGCGAUGGAAUGCCAUGUAAAUUUUCCUGCAGUUCCCAGGACUUGGAAGAUGGUAAAAAAGUAAAAGAAUUGGAAAUUGCUGGAAGAAAUUCACCAAUUAAUGACCAUACUAGUGCUGGUAAAAGGUUGAAUUCAUAUCUUGAUUUGAAGAAGAGGGACAAUAUUAUCAAGUUGAAGGAUUCUGAGUUAUGUAUGGAGCAGGAAGCUGCUUCAUUUUGUUGCAGUAAGACCAAAUAUAAUACUUCAAUUGGCCCUUCUGAGCAAAAUACAUUGAACAUACAUGUUGAAGGUAGGAAAGGUCCUUCUCAGAUGUUAAACUGUGGAAUUGAGGAAUGUAAACAGUGCACAAACUCUCUAGGGAGAUCAAUUCCACUUCCUGACCUUUUGUCCUUGCCAAGCUUGCAUAGGUACUGUGAGCACAGUUCUAUCACUGAAAGAAUGAGAGAUUACAACAACUAUCAAAUGGUCACCAGAACCAGAUCCGGGCUUCCAAAAGAAGGAGAAAAUGGUUCCUAUAGUUUUUUGGGACCGAAAAUCAAGGAUCCCCCAGUGACCAUUGUAAAUAUAAAUUCUGAUAAGUUGCAACUUUUUGGUGAAGAUAUUAGUCUCAGAAAUAGUGUUCCUGGCUACAAUCUACAUGCGCAUUAUGAUAUUUCAAGAGAUGGCAAAUUCAAGGAUAGCCCUACUCAGAACAUCGACCUAAAUAAUAUAAUCAGAGGAAGUGGAUGUGGAUCUUUUCUGGAUUUGCAUCCAGAGAUCCAGGCUUUGCUUUUUUCACAAGAUGUUGCUUCAUCAAGCCUCACAUUCAGUCAGAGAACAAAAGAUACUGUAGUCGAUGUUAACCACCCCAGUGGUGAAUCUGUUGCUGAGCAAUUUAUUAAGGAUGAUUUUACCAACCCACCAAUCACCAUCUUUCAACCAGAUGAGCCACCGGUACAAGUAAUGCAAGAUAAAUUUAAAGAGAACCAUUUUGAAGACCUUAUAAGACUCUCAUUGAAUCAAAUGAACAAUUUAACCUCCUCCAAGGACAUAUUAGACUAUGUAAGGAAAAUUCUGCAUGCUUUCAACUUGAAAUGUGAUGAACUUACUCAGAAGAGAUCAUGUGACCAAUCACUGGAUCCAUCCACUUUUGUUGAACUGAAGGAACUAACUCGUCAACUUUCUGGUGGUACAAUCUUGCUUGAUUGUGUCAUCGAAACUUUCACAAAUGUAUACCAGAACUAUGGUUUUCCACCUCAUGUUUCAACAAAAAAUCCAAACGUCCAAGCAUAUGUUGUGAAGAAACUUCUGGUUAAAGAGAUUACAGAACUAGUUAACUUGCACUUUCACCCUUGUCCAUCACCCUUAAGGUUAGAACAGCUUGUUGAAAAGGACUUGGAAAGACGUGGUUCAUGGCUAAAUAUCCAAGUUGACACAGAAGAUAUUGCAAUAGAGGUGGAGAAAGAUGUUCUUGAAAAUCUGGUAUUGGAAAUUGCAUCUGAGAUGGAUAUCAUAACCAUGACAUAUUGCAAUGAACCUAUGUCUACUUGCUUGGGGGAUGAUAAAGCAUUUUGGAAGGAUUAUCUAGCUACCAUUUAUUGAAUAAAUCGUAUAUUUGGUCCACGCAAUACGCUUCCUAAGAUGUACAAGUAAAUUACACUUGUAUCAGUGCAACAUGAUUUUUUGUACAUACAAUUGCAUUAUUUCAUUUAUUUUAUAAUUUUUGUCUGUUGAAUAACA